AUGUACAGAAAUCAUACAACAGCAGAAGAGCCGUUUAAUUUACCUCAAGCCCUUCCAAGUGUAGCAGAAUUUCAAAAGAUUCACGAUGAAAUGAGCGCCUUGAGAGCCGCUGGUAAAUUUGAAGAAACAGCAAAAUUCUCCACCGAUGAUGCAGUAUUUGUGACUCCAUUGCACGACAAACCGUACACAAAAAAAGACAAGAUUUUCUUGCUGGAUGUAUACAAUAGGUCUUUUCCAGAAGCUCAAGCUAUUCACGAAGCUGCUAAAAGCAUUGCAACAGCUAAAACUACUGUUAAAUCUUUGGAUGUUAAGGUACAUGGUGACAUUGCAAUCGACACCGGAACUGGAAGCUCUUUGCACGAUGGCAAGGAAGUGAAGAGCACGUAA